AUGACAAACUCCCAGGCAGCUCCCUCGACGUCCAGCCGUGACCCGAAUUUGCGGCUUCAAGAACAAGGACAAGAUGGAUCUGCUACGAAGCGGCAUUUCCCUUCCUUUGGAUUCCCCGAGCGACCCGACGAGCGCAUCCUCCUAACACCCCCACUUCCUAUGUCUGGAGUCAAUCCUCUGGAGGAAGCGUUGUAUAAAAACUACAAUCAGCAGGCGUUCGCGCAGAAUGCGCAACUCAACGUCUCCCAGCGGGACUCGCUGCGGAUACACCAAGACGCAGCGCAUUUGAUCAGUGGGCUACACAUACGAACGGACAUGCAGGCGCCGCGACGGACCAAUUCGAGCCAGUCCCUGGAGUCGGAGUCGAGGCUGCGAUCGAGUACUUCUGCCGCGAGUCUUCCACGUCGAGUACCCAGCGUUCGAGCAAAUCUACACUCGGUGGCCGGCUCUGUCUCUCCCGGUAGCUACAUCUCUUCACCACAAAUCGCGGCUAUGCUCGAUAUCACCCCUCUACCGUCGCCGACCAUGGCAGCCUUCGAAUCAUGGAGGGCGCUCAGUCUCGCCAGGUCAAGAUCUCGUGGCUCGUCUCUGGGCUCUAUAAAAGGCGACGCAUUACCACCGGGCGUCUUAUCCUCUCCUACGUCUCCAAGACGCAAAGGCUAUCCUGGCCUGCAACAGUCUCGCUCAUCCUCCAGAUCAGGAACUACAGAGAACCAUGGUCUAUCCGCCGAUCACACACGUACUAGGAGUAUCAGUGAUUACGUACCAGAGCCCCUGGCUGUGCCGAGGCCACGCCACAUAACCGUGUCCAGCUCGGGUUCGCCACUGGAGACCACCGAAUCGCCAACGGCCUUGCACCGUGAAGAGUACCUGGGUGCACAAAGACGAGGAAGCAAAUCAGGUGCCCGUCCGGUCACACCACCGCAACCUGCACCAGUAAUCGAACGGACGCAUGAGGAUGAACCAGCUGCUAAGCGACCAAAAUUGGAAGUCUUCAAGGCACGAAGUAUCUCGAAGGGUGAACUUCGAUGCUAUGAGGCGAUCCGGGAGCUUGGCCAGGGCACGUUCAGCAGAGUCUAUCUCGCUGUGCGACAAGUAGACAACCAUCAGAAAGAUAACUUCGACUACCUGCAGGACAGCGUCAACAUGGCCGGCGUUCGAGCACGUCUGAGAAGACUAGUCGCGGUCAAAGUUGUAGAACACGGCCCUGCUGGGGGCGCUGAUGCCGAGAGGAUUGAAGUCUCCCUGAAAAGGGAAGUCGAUUUGCUGAAAGUGAUCCAACACCCCUCCCUCGUGCAUUUGAAGGCAUUCGGGAACGACGAUGCAAAUCGUGCGCUGCUGGUCAUGAACUACUGUCCCGGGGGGGAUUUAUUCGAAGUCGCAACGAAAUAUCGUGACAUAUUGACCCCGACACUCGUGCGAAGGAUAUUUUCUGAGCUCGUCUCCGCUGUUCGGUACCUCCAUCAGAAAUACAUUGUCCAUAGAGACAUCAAACUCGAGAACGUAUUGCUCAACAUCCCCGUCCGCGUCCACCCUGAUGUCUCCAACUGGCAAACACUCGACCGUGCAGUGGUGACUCUCACCGACCUCGGCCUCUCUCGGCGCAUUCCCGAGCCGCCCGAGUCGCCACUCCUCACCACCCGCUGCGGAAGCGAGGAUUAUGCUGCCCCGGAGAUCCUUAUGGGACAGCCGUACGACGGACGGCAGACUGAUGCCUGGGCGUUAGGUGUGCUACUGUAUGCUCUCAUGGAGGGACGACUGCCAUUCGACCCGCUACCUGGCGCGCGAGGGGAUCCAGCGAUCUUGAGAGCGCGGACACCGCAUCGCAUCGCACGGUGUGAGUGGGCCUGGGUCAAGUUUGGGGAUGAAGACGGAGAGUGGGAUCAUGUCAAAGGAGCGGAGUUUGAAGGUGCAAAUGUCUGUGUAGACGGACUUCUGAAGCGCAAUACACGGAGGAAACCGCUUCAGGAGGUAAGAGAACAUCCCUGGGUGAAGGACGGCAUACAGGUGGACGGCGGCCUUAGGUGGGUUGAGGAGGAGUUGUAA